AUGUCGGGUGCCAUCCGCCAACUGCUGUCACGAAUCGCAGGCCCAUCUGCUCUGGUCUGCACCAAAGCAGAGGUCAGGGAGUUCUUGCGGGGCCUGUGUGGUGUGGUAGCAGAAGACAAGGACACUGCUUCUGCUCGGUUGGCGGCUGAGCGUGCGGAGGAGAUGGUCAAGAAGAAGAGUUCCAACAUGGAUGUGUUCGGCAAGAUGAGUUCAGCAUCUUCGGGAACGUCUCACAAGGCUUCCUUGCGAGAGGAUGUUCGAGCGGGAAAGGUGCCAUCAGCGGAAGCAACAAAGGUUCGACAUCCCGUCAUCGUGGAAGAGGAGGAGGUGCGCCACAUUUCUCCUCGUGGCUCUCCCAAGGUACAUUACGAGGCGCAUCAUGGGGCUCCGGUUCCAGCGACAUGCUGUGGCAAUGAUCCCAGUGGUGGCGGGGGCAGAGAGGAGGGCGAUGCCUGCGGGCAAUAUGUCCGCAUUGAUGGCCAAAGCUCUGAGAAGAUCACAGAAACAGUUCUGGAGCAGGCCUUUCCAUCCUCUCUUCGGCUGCCUCCAGCAAAUGCUCACCGCUUCGGAUCCAGUUCUGUACAGGCCUCCGGGGGAGAUGGAGACGAGGUCCGUGACGAUGACGCUGCUGCUGGGGUUCUUGAGGAGCGCCGUCAUUACGAUGAGGUAGCCAGCAGCAAGCCCUCAUUGACAACUGUCCCUUCCACCGGCUGCACUCUAUCCCUGCCAGCAGUCGGCAGCCUCGAGAGCAUGUCCCCCUCCAGGGGCCAAAGACCUAAGGAGUUUCGCGUCAUGCUACCACCUGGCCAGACACACGGCCUCAUCGUGACCACCGAGGAUGGCCUCACCUUGAAGAUUCGCGAGGUGUGUGACGGACGUGUCAAGGACUGGAACUCUGCAAACCCCUCUUUGCAAAUCAAGAAGCACGAUCACAUCGUCCAAGUCAACCAAGUGGUGGUUGGCGCGGACGCCAUGCAGAACGAGCUUCAGAAGGAUUCAUCGCCACUGGAGAUGAUGAUCCGGAGUCGAGAUCACCGCAAGAGUUGCGGGAUCAGCUCCAAAGCUUCCUCCUCAGCGACCAGCGACGCAAGCCCGUCUACUUUGUUGGGACGUGUGGGUGCUACAAUUGGCAAGGACUACUACGCAAACGAUCCCGCUGAGAGCAGCGAGACAGGUUCCCCACAGCUUGAGGCAGUGAUUGAGGUCCGGCAUUUGGAAAGUGGUGCAACAAACGAGACCAAGCAACCUGCCCUGGCACGCAGGAAUCGAAGCUUCGCCUCGCAGUACAACAACCUGCGUCGCAUCGCUGCAGAACAGCAGCCGCCUGGUUUUUGCAGGCAAGUUCGCGUGCUCCUGAAGCGCAGCUUCAUCCAGUGGUGGCGAGGUAGCUGGCAACGAGCAAUCUUCCUCGGAGUUAUUACUGGCUCUUCAGCUAUCAUGGCCACUAUGGACGCCUUCGUCGUGAAGGAAGCGGAGUGGCAGGCCCUACCAGUGCUGAACCUGCACACGACCCUGGCCCUGCUGAUUGCGGUGUUCUCCCUGAACCUUUUCAGCACCGACCGUCCCGUCUUCUGGAGAGAGCGAGAGUCUGGGCUCAGCGUUGCGGCCUUCACAGUCUCGAAGAUGAUGGUCAACUCCAUCGACUUGGUCCUACAAUGCUUCCUGCUCGCUUCAGUUUACUUCCUGAUCCGUCAGCCUGUCGUCAGCUUCCUCGUCUUCUUCCCGCCCUUCUUGCUGGUAACAAUUGCCGCAUCUGGUCUGGGCUAUGCUAUCUCAACCUGCUUCCCGCCGAAGCAUGGUCCGUUUAUUACCGCCAUUGUCAUCUUUGUCAGUUGCGGUCUGUUGGGGCAUCCGCUCCGCGUCGAGACGUGUCUUGGACAGCUCUGA